GACGUCGAGUCUUCCACGUUGGCCCGGACGUGGCAGUUCAGACGGUCUGAGGAAAAACUUGAAUAAGUCGUUCGUCGAAACAUCCUCGUACUUUGUAUCAUUAGUGGCAACGCUUCGGAAGUGUAAACCCAGCUAUGGGGCUCUCCAUUUCAAGUCUUUUCACCAGGUUAUUUUCCAAGAAACAAACGAGGAUUUUAAUGGUUGGGUUGGACGCUGCAGGGAAAACUACAAUCUUGUACAAGCUGAAGCUUGGUGAAGUUGUCACCACAAUCCCAACCAUUGGCUUCAAUGUGGAGACAGUAGAAUAUAGAAAUAUCUGUUUCACUGUGUGGGAUGUGGGCGGCCAGGACAAGAUCAGACCCCUCUGGAGACAUUACUUCCAGAACACAGAGGGUCUCAUCUUCGUAGUGGACAGCAAUGACAAAGAAAGAAUAGGCGAGUCUGCAGAAGAGCUCAAAAAAAUGUUGCAGGAGGAUGAGUUGCGAGAUGCUAUUUUGCUGGUGUUCGCUAACAAACAGGAUCUACCCAACGCUUUAACAGUCGACGAACUCACAGAUAAACUUCAGUUGCAGACCUUCCGCAGAAAAUGGUACAUUCAGGCGACCUGCGCCACCACCGGUACAGGGCUGUACGAAGGACUUGACUGGCUUUCCAACGAGCUGGUGAAGUAAAGAGGUUUUUGCUGAAAGGGCGACAGUGAGACAUGGAGCACCGCAGGACAGAAGACAGACAUUGAUUCUUGAGCUGUUUGGUCUUCAUGCACCUGUGGUCACAAAAAAGGACAAAGCUGGUGGACAGUGUAAUCACUAUUGUAACAUUUUAAUAUCUUUCCCCCCCAUUAUUACUAUAUUAUUACUACUGCUUUUUUUCCACCAUCUAGCAGCGAGUUGUAAUUUCCUGUUUAAAUGCAUGAUGAGCAUAAAUUUAUUAAGAAAAUGUCAACGGUCUCCCCCCACUCCCACCCCCUUUCCUUCACACUGUGUGUGGAUACACAGUAUGUGAAAGGAGUUAUCUUCUCUAGGCAGUUAUCGUCCACUUGUCUAAUUUUCAGACUUGGUUAUCCUUCUUAGCAACCCUGGACUUAAGGAACCCUCAGAGCCGUGGUGAAUGAUAAUUUGCAUUUGGCAACAAACUGUUCAUCUCUCUCUUGUACCUUUGCUCAUUCCUGCUGUGCCCAUCCAUACAGACCUGUAAAAUGAGGCGAAUGAAGAUUGCAGUGGUGUCACAUUGUGUUGUGGACUCCCUGUAAACUGUUUCUAAAAGGGAACAUUGUGCCUUCUGGCCCCUUGCUACACAAAUCUUAAGUAAUCCUCUUAUUAUCUCAUGCUUAGGUCAUGCUCCCUCUUUAGAUGUUUUAGUGGCUUUAUUGCUUUUGUAAGACAGUAUUGCAGUAACAUUUCCUCUUGUGCUGUUCUGCACUACAGCAGGCUGAGUAUAAAUGUGAUUUGCAGCUUAAAUCUCCACAAGUAAGUCAUUGAACAUGUGAAUUGCCCCACACUCCUCUUCACAUCUUUUUUUUAAUCUACAAUUUUUUUUUUUUUUUUUUUUAAUGAAGAAAAAUGAGUCUCCAUUCUUGAAGGUGCUUUUUUCCUUUGAUGGAUAGAAGUGUAAUUAAAGUCCACAUAAACAAGUAGCCUCAUGUUUUUUUCCUUUUUGACUUGGCCAGUGUUUAUUGCAGCUUGUGUGCAAAUUGAAAAUACUGUAGGUUUUUUUUUUCUAUGAUUAUUAUUACUUGCCCCUUACCUACACCCAAAAUGUAAAAACACACCCGCAGUCAAGUUUGGCUGGGUCGACAUUCCAAACAAUGCUUUCAAAUGCUGCAUGAAGCUGGUACACCUAAUGUUGAUGUGCUAACAGUUUUACAAAAAAAGAGCUUAAAAUAAAGUCACUUAAAAAUGCUGA